AUGAAAGCCCUAAGCCCUCAGCUCGUCUCCUUCCUCCUCCUCGUCGCAGCCACAUUCCACCUUCUCCCUUUACCCUCAACUGCCACCGCCACUGGCGAAGCCCCCGCCCCCGGCCCCGUUUCUGUCAACGACGAUUUCAUCCGGUCAGUUUGCAACAACACCAUGUACGCUGACCUCUGCUACUCAUCCAUCUCUCCUUAUGCGGCUGUCAUCAAGCAAGACCCCUCUGCACUGUCUCGUGUCGGCGUCACAGUGGCUUACUCAGUGGUCGGCAGGGUAACGACCGAUGUCACCGGUCUCUCCCGCCAAGCCAAGGGCAGCGCCGCGGCCGCGAUCAGCGACUGCAUUUCCACCCUUGGCGACGCCAAGGAUGGAAUAAGUGACUCGUUAGGUCAGCUCCGACAGAUAGAGGCCGGCCGAAGCGGUAAUUUCAAGUUUGCGAUAGACACGGUGCUGACGGAGAUGAGCGCGGCGCUGACGAACGAGGAGACGUGCACGGACGAGUUCCAGGAUGAACCGGAAGGUCCGGUGAAGAAGAAGGUAAUGGAUAGCGUGACGGAGGCGAAGAAGUUCACAAGCAUCGCCCUGGCGUUUGUGAAUUAUUACGCUCAGAAAGGUUCGCCCUAA